UUUCCAGAAUCGGACGUGCCGGCGGAGCUGCGAGUUGCAAACGGGUCGCAAAAGUUUGUGAACUUCACUUCGACCAUCCAAAACCAGCUGCUGCUUGUGUCGCUGCUGGAGCAUCUCUGCCACAUGUACACGCACAACCCUGUCCAUUCGAGGUGUUUGUUCCAAAUCCUUCGUCAGGCUUUUACAAGAACAGGGUUGCUCUCCCCUUUUGCCUUCUGUGAUGAGUUUAGUACUGUAAGACUGCAGCAUAAUAGAGCCAUUACUGAACUAAUGAAAGCAGCUAAUCGACAAAUACUGAAUGGGGAACUUGAUAACAGAGAUUCUCAUGCAACUGGGGAAAAAGAAGUUCUCUUUGAAGCACAGACUUCACGAUACUUGAAUGAAUUUGAUGAGGUUGCAAGGCUAGGAGAAGGAGGUUAUGGUAAAGUAUACAAGGUCAGAAACAAGUUAGAUGGUCAGUUCUAUGCUAUUAAAAAAAUUAACAUUAAGAAGGCUACAAGAAGAGAUUGCAUGAAGGUGCUACGAGAAGUGAAAGUGCUGGCUGGGCUGCAGCAUCCUAAUAUUGUAGGCUAUCACACGGCUUGGAUGGAGCAAGUUCAAACAGUACGCCCAAAAGAUAAAACAAUAAUGGAGUUGCAGCCAUUAUCUUUGGAGCAGGAGAAUAGCAAUGAUCACUGUCACAUUCAGAGUGUGGAAAGUGGUAGUUCAAUUAUCUUUGCUGACCUUACUUCACAAGAAAAGAAGUCCUGUGACAGUACCAGCCUUAGAAAUCUGGGCAGUGUAUCAGUGCAGAAUAUGCAUGUAUGGAAUGAUUCUACAAACAGCAAUAGUAAAGAGCGUAUGAAACCAAAUAAAUGUGAAUUAUCCGUAGAAUUACAAGAAAGCUCUGUAAGUAGUGUUAGCAGUAGAUCAACUGAUAUGAAAAAUCAUUCAGCAUCGGGACCUCAUUCUAGUCUGGAGCAAGAUUCUAGCACUGGAAGUAAGUCCUGCACUGAAGAAUGCUCCAAGAACGAUGUAGCUCUCUGUGGGGAGUUUGAGGUGGACUAUCGUUUGAUGCUUCAUAUACAAAUGCAACUGUGUGAAUUAUCCUUGCGGGAUUGGAUUGUUGACCGUAAUAAAAGAUGCAAUGAGAGAACAGACGAAACUUCCAGUCCAUACCAUCUUGUGGAUGUCUGCUGGACAAUGAAAAUUUUUCAAGAGUUAUUAGAAGGAGUGUGCUAUAUCCACAGCAUGGGAGUGAUGCAUCGAGACAUUAAACCCAGAAAUAUCUUUCUACAUGGAUCAGAUCAUCAGGUAAAAAUAGGAGACUUUGGAUUAGCCUGCAAAGACCUUCUUUGCGAUGAGGCAGACCAGUGGUUCAAGACAGAAGGGAUAAAUGGACUGACGCACACGUCAGGUGUGGGGACUUGCCUCUAUGCCUCACCAGAACAAUUGCAGGGAUCUCACUAUGAUUUCAAGUCAGACAUGUACAGCAUGGGCGUCAUCCUGCUAGAACUCUUCCAACCGUUUGGAACAGAAAUGGAAAGAGCAAAAGUUCUUACACAUUUAAGGAAUGGCCAAAUUCCUCACACUUUCUACAAAAAAUGGCCUAUUCAAGCCAAGUAUGUGAAACUCCUCACCAGUCAGAGAUCUACAGAAAGACCAACUGCUGCUCAGCUGCGUGAAAGUGAACUAUUUCAUACUGCAGAACAUGUUAUUUCUAACCUACAGCAGAAGGUGAGACAGCAAGAGGAAGAAAUAGAGAAACUGAGAGAGAGAAUAAGACUGCUUUCUGAAGAACAAGAUGAACACAUGAGUCUAGGCUCUCCUGUUUAAG